UUUGUGCCCACAUAAUCUCUGCAAUGGCGAAUGACCUCAUUUUUGUUGGGAUAUUCAUAGACUAAAGUUCCAAAUGCUGACCCAGAUAUGUGACAUUUGCUACUAAAGAAUGACAGAACUCAAACGGAUACUCUGCUUUUCCCCCAAAAGUCAAUCAGGUUAUGUUAGACAUCAUCGGAAAAAACAACCGGUAUGAGUCUUAACACUAACUCUUAAUUAGAUUUAGAAUGCACAUUGAUUGCAGUAGGGAGGGUAGACUAUGCUAGAAUGAUUCGCUGCCUUUGCAUUUCCAUUUGUUUUCUCUUGUUUUUUUUUUUUUUUUGUUUUUCCUUUAGAAUGAGUAGUUGGUAACCAAAAGACUCAUUGACAUUAUUGGCUAUUACUGUUUUAGCAGCAAGCCAGCCUAGGUGAAUACAAAACCUACCAGACCAUUGACAUUUAUUAAUGCUUGGAACAGUUGGCACGGAAAGAAACUCAAAAACCAAGUGAAACCUUUUCUUUGUGCAAUAAGAAACAAAUCACAGUCUUUCUCAUUAGGUCAUCAGUGAUUGAGCAAUAUAGAAAGGGGGGAGAGAGAGAGAGGUGGGGACCUCCCUUAGUAGUCCUCCUUCCAUUCAAUAGAAAAGUACUAAAGAAGAAUAUCUAUGUUGAAAGUUGAAACACUGGUGUCCUUCCAGUCUGUUCUAUUCUAUAAGGUGUCUGUUUGUACUUUGUUGUCUUUUACUUGGUAACAUUAGUUAUAUUGUUAGUAACAAAUUGCAGUUAAAAAGCAUGAUUUUUCCAAUAUGCUUGUACAACUUGAUUAUGUUGUUAGUUUAAAAUUAGAAACCCACUUUGACAAUUAAUUGGUACAUACUUUUAUCUUCAUCAAUAUAUUAAUGUGCUACAUAAGAUAAGAUGUUUAUCAACUUAAAUGACACCUUUGUUCUUGUCUUUUUCUUGCAUUAGAUCUGUGUUUUCUCUGUUUGGAAAAAUUUCCAUCUUCUAGUACGGUCACUCACUGCUUAUAUUUUCUGUUUAAUAUGAAAAAUUUGAAUAGAGAAUCCUAUCUUUUCAACCAUUUUGUUAUUUUAUGUUCAUCACACAGCAAAUAAAAUGAACAAACAAACUGCUUAGAGCAAAUCUCUAUCACAAUAGCAGUCACUGCUGACGUCUUGUUAUGUUCUCCACUUAACCAUAGUUUGAAUGUCAGUUAAGAUAUAAUAAAAAUUGUAUUUGAGUUAGCUUACCAGAGUAUUAAUCAGAUUAGUGUUUCGUAAGUAGUGCACAAGGUUCUCAAAUCAUUCAUGCUCUGUACAAUGCUUCUGUCUCUUUCUUGAUGGGUGUGUUUGUAUUCGGUUGUGUAUGUCGUCCAGGAGGACUAUGAUUAUAUGUAUUAUGCAUAUAUGGUGGUCCAUUGCCCAAACAAUUGGACUACCUCUGUUGACAUGAUUUCCUCUGUUGUUGAGAUGCUGUUUGAAGCAUGCCUUAAGAACACAAGAGAAUAUUUUGCUCGUAUCUACGAUCACAAGAUACUUGUUUGAAAAAUUUGGCUAAUAAGUUCAAUAGGUUUUACAAACCUUAAAAAGAUUUAGUGAGCAAUUAAGCCUAAAUGGAUUAUUUUUAUUUGGAUGAAAUAUUUCUAUAUGUAAGCUGCAUCCUCUGCCAAGAACAGAAACUACUCAGAAGCUACUCACUCUCACUGUGAUUGCAACCUUAUAUCAAUAUUCACUUUCAUAUGCAGAAAAUUUGUUUAAUUAAAUUGGUUUGGUAUGUCCUUCCACAUUGGAUAUGCUUGCAUCAACAUAUCUUUUGAAAAAUUAUGCCACAUAACCAACUGGCUAGCUAGACUGCUAUAAAUAUGUACGUGCAAAACUUCAAGACAACUGAGACACCUUCAGAACAUUACAUAAACCAUGGCCAACUCAAACUCUCUUCCUCUCUAUGAAAGGGUUGAGCACAGAAACACACUGCAUAAAAUCAUGGAGUUUAUAAUCCUCUUCCUCCUCCUUUCACUCCUUGUUUAUCGUCUCCUCUCUUUCAACAACCAUGGUUUAUCCUGGUCCAUCGCAUUCCUCUGCGAGCUCUGGUUUACCUUCAGUUGGGUCGUCACCAUCAGCAACAAAUGGAUUCUUGUUGACCAUAAACCAUACCCCGACCGCCUAUUGCAACGGGUGCCUAAGGAUGAGCUUCCAGCAGUAGACUUGUUUGUGACAACAGCAGACCCAGAGCUUGAACCACCUAUCAUUACCGUAAACACUGUUCUGUCUCUGUUGGCAGUUGAUUACCCAACACAGAAACUAGCAUGCUAUGUUUCUGAUGAUGGGUGUUCCCCUAUCACCUUCUACUCACUUGUGGAAGCAUCAAAAUUUGCUAAGAUUUGGAUUCCCUUUUGCAAAAAGUACAAUGUUCAAGUUAGAGCUCCUUUUAGAUACUUCACCAAUAAUUCCACGCUUUCUGGAAAUAAUAAUAAUAGCUCAAUGGAAUUCAAGCAUGAAUGGAAGAUAGUGAAGGAUGAAUAUGAGCAACUUAGCAGCAAAAUAGAGGAUGCGGUGCGCAAAUCAAUCAAUCCAUCUGAUAUUAUCGAAUGCGACUUUUCAGUGUUUUCAAAUGUACAGCGUAAUGAUCAUCCAACAAUAAUCAAGGUUGUAUGGGAGAACAAAGAAGCACAUUCGAAUCGUCCAGUGCCACAUUUAGUUUAUAUAUCCAGAGAAAAACGGCCAAAGCACCCACAUCAUGCCAAAGCCGGGGCCAUGAAUGUUCUGACUAGAGUCUCUGGAUUGAUGACCAAUGCUCCGUACAUGCUAAACGUGGACUGUGACAUGUUCGUCAACAGCCCAAACAUUAUUCUUCAUGCAAUGUGUAUGCUACUUGGAUCAAAGAAUGAAAAUGAAAAUGCGUUUGUUCAGUGUCCUCAAGUCUUCUGUGACAGUCUAAAGGAUGAUCCUUUCGGAAAUCAGAUGAUAGUUUGGUGGAAGUAUGUUGGACAAGGAGUUUCAGGAAUUCAGGGACCUUUUUAUUCCGGAACAGGAUGUGUUCAUAGACGAAAAGUCAUCUAUGGUCUAUCCCCCAAUUAUGUGAAAGUUGGAGAAACAAAUGCAAUAAGCAUGAUGAACGGUAAAUCAGCCGAUGAAGAAUUACGUGAUGUGUUUGGAAAGGAAUUUACCAAAUCAGCUGUUGAUGCUUUGAACGGGAAGGCAGCAUGUCCUGACAUGCUUACAGAAACUAUUGAGGCUGCAUACCAAGUUACUGGUGUUGGAUAUGAGUAUGGCACACACUGGGGCAAAAAGGUGGGAUGGAUGUAUGGAUCCACAGUUGAAGAUAUCCUCACUGGGCUUUCAAUCCAUAACAAAGGUUGGAGAUCCAUUGUUUAUGCACCAGACCCACCAGCCUUUCUAGGAUUCGCGCCUACCGGUGGGCCUGCUUCAAUGACCCAACAAAAAAGGUGGGCCACCGGCCUGUUUGAAAUCCUCCUCAGUAAAAACUGCCCCAUAUUUGGUACUCUCUUUGCAAACCUCCAGUUCAGGCAGUGCUUGGGCUACUUCUGUAUCCUUCCAUGGGGGCUACACUCAGUUCUCGAGCUACACUAUGCUGCUUUGCCAGCCUAUAGUAUCAUCACCAACUCAAACUUCUUGCCGAAGGGCCAAGAACCGGCUUACUAUAUACUCGUAGCUUUGUUUCUGAUCUACACUAUGUACACUUCAUCAGAGUACCUUAGAACCGGUCAAUCAAUCCGAGCAUGGUGGAAUAACCAAAGAAUGGGAAGAAUAAUCUCAAUGAGUGCAUGGCUUUUUGGAUUUCUUAGUGUCAUACUCAAACUCUUGGGCAUAUCCGAGACAGUCUUCGAGGUAACACGAAAAGACCAAUCUACAUCAAGCGAUGAAGGCACUGAAGAUACUGAAGCCGGAAAAUUCACCUUUGACCAGUCCCCGGUUUUCAUACCUCCCACAGCAAUGUUGUUUCUGCAACUAACAGCACUGGCCACCGCUUUGUUGGGGCUUCAACCAACAGCCGGUGAUGGGGUGGAAUCAGGCUCUUUGGAGACCAUGUGCAGUGUUUUGUUGGUGGUAUGCUUAUUACCGUUUUUGAAAGGUCUGUUUGGAUCAGGAAAAUAUGGAAUUCCUCUGUCUACCAUAUUUAAGUCUGCUGGUCUUGCACUACUCUUCUACACCUUGUGCAGAUAUUAGGAUGGUAGCUUGUAGCUAGUACCUGCUACUCUUCUACACCUUGUGCUAUUGACGGUGCUGGCAAUCGCUUCAUUGGGUUUUCAACCACCAGCCUGCAUCGAUCAGGGCUCAGGCAUAUUAAAGGUUAUAAUAAGUCUCUGCUUGGUUGUACGCCUCUCGCCAGUUUUUAAAGGCUUGUUUGGUAUUGGGGAUUCCUGAUUGAAAUCUGCUUGUUUGCACUACAUGUAAUAAUCUGCUAGGAGCUUUUAUUUUACUUUUGGUCCAAUGUAGGAUUUUGUGGUUCAUUCUGUAAUAUAUUAUCUGCUCUGAAAUUAAGAGAAAAUCCUCUGUUAUUGGUAUGGCAGCUAGUCUUGUUACUAUAAUAAAUUUGGCAAUUUGCUAGUA